CUGGUGUAGCGUGCAGUCACUCACCACGACUCGGAGCUCCGCAAAUACUUACUUUUUCUCGACUCCCAUUUGCUCAUUCUAGUCGCCAUGCCCGGAAAACUACGCAAAUCAUCUCCACUCAAAAACUCAGAUCGACCAUACCUCGCUCUCGGGCUCGAAGGUUCCGCGAACAAGCUGGGUGCAGGAAUCAUCAAACACGCUGGAGACGGCUCUAGUUCGGUUUUGUCAAACGUCAGACAUACAUACAUAACACCUCCUGGAGAAGGAUUUCAGCCGAAGGAUACGGCAACACAUCAUCGAGAAUGGGCGAUGAAAGUGAUCGAAGACUGCCUUGACCAGGCUGAUGUAUCUAUGCAUGACCUGGAUUGUAUAUGUUUUACCAAAGGUCCCGGUAUGGGAGCUCCCUUGCAGUCUGUGGCACUGGUUGCACGCACGCUAUCCUUAUUGUUUGACAAGCCUCUGGUUGGUGUCAAUCAUUGUGUCGGACAUAUCGAAAUGGGUAGAGAAAUUACUGGCGCUCAGAAUCCAGUCGUCUUGUAUGUGUCGGGCGGAAACACCCAAGUCAUUGCAUAUUCGAGGCAAUGUUAUCGAAUUUUUGGCGAGACGUUGGACAUCGCGGUAGGAAACUGCCUGGAUCGUUUUGCCCGCGUGAUAGGGCUUCCGAAUGACCCAAGUCCAGGCUAUAAUAUCGAGCAAGAAGCUAAGAAAGGCAAGAGACUCCUCCCCCUCCCUUACGCUACCAAGGGAAUGGAUAUUAGUCUGUCUGGUAUCCUGAGCUGCGUUGAAGCCUACACAUACGACAAAGCAUUUCGUCCAAACCCCAUUCUAGCGGACUUGGAGGUUGAAAAUGUCAUCACACCUGCCGAUCUUUGCUUCUCUUUGCAGGAGACUGUAUUCGCUAUGCUCGUCGAGAUUACGGAGCGCGCCAUGGCACACAUAGGAAGUAAGGAGGUGCUCAUCGUCGGGGGAGUCGGUUGUACGUUGUAAUGAACGAUUACAGGAAAUGAUGGAUGUGAUGGCCCAAGAGCGAGGGGGUCAGGUUUUUGCUACGGAUGAGAGGUUCUGUAUUGACAACGGCAUAAUGAUAGCUCAGGCAGGUUUGCUGAGCUAUCGAAUGGGUUUCAGAACUCCCUUAGUCAAGACCACUUGCACACAACGGUUCCGUACGGACCAAGUGCACAUUGCCUGGAGAGCGUAAUCUUACAAGGCGAACAAUGUAUAGAUAGGAAGGCCGUUAUACUCAGAGCGCCACAACUGUGGAGAUCACCAAUUCUUUAUCCUUCGCAUCCAAACUUCUGACCAUUUCCUCGAACCUAACCCACC